ACUGUGGUAGCCAUCGUGAGGGCUUCUGACAGGGAUUCUGGCAACAAUGGAGAAAUAAACUGUUUCCUCAGGCCCACUGGAAUACCCUUCAAACUUGAGUCCACUUUCAAGAACUACUACUCCCUAAUUGUUGGUGCAGUCCUAGAUCGAGAGAAGGUGGCUGAAUACAGGAUGGUUGUGACAGUGGAAGAUCAAGGUGUUCCACCACUGUCUUCCAGUCUUACCCUCUUAGUGCCCAUUAGUGACAUAAAUGACAAUGCUCCAGCUUUCCCACAGCCAUCCUACACAGUCUUUGUGAAGGAGAACAAUCCCCCUGGUGCUCACAUCUUCACAGUAGCUGCCGCAGAUCCAGACAUAGCUGAGAAUGCCCUGAUCACCUACUGGAUAGAUGAGAAUCUCUGGCCAUUGUCAAGCUACAUCUCUGUACAUUCGGAGAGUGGAAAGCUCUAUGCUUUGCAGUCCUUGGACUAUGAGGAGUUGAAACUGCUGGAGUUCCAGGUGAGAGCCAAGGAUGCCGGAAUGCCCUCCUUAUGUGGCAAUGCGACUGUUCAAGUCUUUGUGAUGGAUGAGAAUGACAAUGCACCUUCUGUAUCAAGAUCAUCAGAAGAGAACCUGAUUCUUCUAGUGGUCCCUUUGAUGCCUGGGCAUAUUGUAGGCAAGAUCCACGCUUUGGAUGCAGAUUCUGGAUACAAUGCGUGGCUAAGCUAUGAACUGCUUGAAGAAAGCAAUGGUCCUUGGACUGUAGGGCAGUAUAGUGGUGAGGUGAGUACCAAAUAUCCUCUGGAUGAGUCAGAAGGAAGCAAAAUCCAGAGUGUGCUGGUUCUUGUAAAGGAUCAUGGGAAGCCUCAACUGUCAGCCACAGCCACCUUGAGUGUGUCACUUAUGACAAGUGGUCAGACAAUCAAAACGGAUAUUAACCUCCUCAGGUCAGGGGAGAGCUUUGCGCCCCUGGUGGACUCGAUCAACAUCUAUCUGAUCAUUGCCAUCUGCUCUGUUUCCAGCCUCUUC